UACAAUACUGGUGCUACAAUGUUAUAAUUAUUCUUCAUAACUUUACUUUAUUAUCCAGUUAAUGUAGUGGAAAAAAAAUAAUGACGAUGGUUGAACAACGAACGAAUUGGUGACACUUUGGCUUUUGAGUAUGAAUUUUCUGUGACGCAUCUACAUUUGUAACCCAUUGGGAUUUCUGACGUUAGCGGUGACUUUAUAAGUACCAGACAAUAACAAUCUAGGAGAAUCUUGAAACAUUUAUUUAACGAAAUUAAACAUGGAUCGAAAAAGAGUAUUGUGCCUUGUUUUGUAUUUGCUUCCUACAUUCAGCAAAUCAUUUCGAUUAGACUAUCAGUACGGAGCAAUUCUUGAUGCUGGGAGUACAAGUACAAAAGUUCAUCUAUAUAGAUGGAUUCCAAAAACAGUUGAGACUGACUUACCCAAAUUUGAAGAGGUUGUUUAUAGAAAAUUCAAACCAGCGUUAAGUGACUUUGUUGGUGAUAUUAAAAUGAUAAGACCUUAUCUACGGGAAAUUUUCGCUUUGUUGCAACAGUUGAUUCCAGAACCUCUUCAUGAAAGUACAUCGGUAUAUCUCAUGGCGACUGCAGGUUUACGAUUCCUUGACGAAGACAGUACUGACAAUAUUCUAAAGGAAGUGAUGUUGUUCAUGUCAAACGGAAGUAUGAAUCCAUUUAAGUACCUUGAUGGCUAUGCAAGAAUAUUGAGCGGUGAAGAAGAGGCUUUAUUCGCCUGGAUAUCAAUAAACUAUCUUUACAAUAUGUUUGAUAUAUCUAAAACUCCUAAAGACACUAUUGGUAUGGUUGAAGUUGGUGGUGGAUCAAUGCAAAUAGCUUUCAUUCCCGAAAGACCAAUUUACGCGGGUAAACAAGCCGUGAUCAUAGGUGGUCGGGAAUACGAUGUAUAUGCACACAGCUUCCUCUCAUAUGGCGCCAAAUCUAUUGGUAUGAGGAUUGAGGAGUAUCUAGUUAGACAGAACAUGCAAGCUGUCGUGCUGACGAAUCCAUGCAUGCUCAAAGGUGAUUCCCAUAACGUUACCUCGGAGGGUAAGACUGUUACCAUACACGGGGCCAGUAAUGCGACUGAAUGUGUUCGUAUCAUAGACACAUACUUACCAAAGAUCCCAGAGUUUCUGUGUUCUCCGAAACCAUGUACAAUUGGAUCUGUCUACGGACCACCAGUUCACAGGGAAAACUUCUUAGCAUUGGGCUCAAUAUACCUCACAGCAGACGAACUUGGACUUCUCAAUGAUAACGACAUGAUGAGACCAGUAGAUAUGUACCUGAUGGCAACAAAUUACUGUAGAUUGACUCUAGAUGAAGCUGCAGCUAAAUUUAACAUCCCUACAAGAUGGGCUUCGUUUGAUUGUCAGAAUGGCCUAUACAUUCCUAAACUACUGAAAGCUUUGGGCUUUAACAUGGAAACAGAAAACAUAUUUGCGAAGAGGAAGCUGGACGGUGUUAAGAUAGGCUGGAGUAUCGGUGCAAUUCUCUACGAGGAGGAGAAGAGUUACUACACCUUCAAUGCCGAUGCCAAACUAUUAUUCAAUUAAAUUGCAUUGUAUUGUACCUUACACUGCAAUGGAAGGAAAUUGUUGAAUUGUCCUGUUUUAUAAUGCUCAGUUAUGUACAGUUCUAAUAUUCAAAAUCAACGAACAGAUGCUCUGACCAGAUAUAGAUAUUGACAAAUCUUGGUAAUUGAAAGUACGAUAUAAGACAAUUAACGUUACUAAUGAAAAGUUAACAAGAACAUAAUUGAGUAAAAGGACCACGAAAUUUAUGACGCAAUGUAUAUUUUGUAAAUAAAGCAAUGUUUCCUUUCCUAUUAUAUUACUUUAACAACAUUAAUAUAAAAAAAAUCAGAAAAUUAUGGUAAAUGAUGAUGAGAGUUUUGAAAAUGUUGUAGCAACGCUUCAGUUGACUUUCAUUAUCUUAAAUUGAACUCAACUAACCAUUAUGAUGGUCUGAUACGCAGACAAAAUUGGCAAUAAGAAAAUUUCUGUUCAUAGCAAGGACCUUUCUUGUGUUCAGAUGUAUCAUUCUGUAGAAAAUGGUUAACGUACUACUUGUUUGGUUUGAUUUAUUGUCAAAGUCAAAUCUAUAUCAUACACUCUUAAUAUGUACACCUAUAUAAAGGAAUCAAACACUU